CAGUAACAUUCAAAUCUAAUCAACUACAUAAACUUUUUUCAAAAAGGAUGAAUCCUAUGUUUUACUUCCUUCUUGCCUUAACAGCUGUUUUGGCUGAGACCGCAAACGCCGGCACACCAAUUCUCGAUUCUGAUGGUAAUCCUGUCUUAGGCAACGCCAGUUACUACGUUAGGUCUCGUGAAGGUGGCGGCCUAGCUCUCAACCCCUUUGGUGUCAACAUUUGCCCCUUGUAUGUUGGACUGGAACGUUCAGCGGACAACGAUGGCAUUCCCGUCAAAUUCUCAGACUGGAAGUCUGGCGAUGAGUUCGUUCCCGAAGACGAGCCCCUCAACAUUGAGAUGGACGUCAAAGACACGCUCUGCUUUGAGCCAACCUAUUGGCGUAUCUCUACGACCCCUGUGGUCCCUGUGACGUCGCUCAUAAGUACUGGCCCUAAGCCGUUUACUGGUCAGUUCCGGAUCAGGAGAAGUGAACGUUUUUAUCGCAGAAUUUGUGGCGCUAUUAGUGGCGCUAUUAUUGACCGUAACGAUUGCACCGACGUGGGAUUAUCUGUGGACGACCUGGGCCUUUCGCGUUUGGCUUUAAACGCUCCGUCUACAUUUGACGUUGAGUUCAAGAAAGUUCCAUAAGACUUCGUCCAAGACUAUGACUAUUAUCUGAGUUAAACUUACGCUUAAGAAUAAAACUCUAUUUGUGUUCCCUUGUUAUCUUUGUUCACCAAUCAUAAUAUCAUAUAUGGAAUAAAUCAUACAAUUUCCUCUCUCGGAA